AUGACCUCCACCCCCUCCCCCUCGCCCUUACCGUCGAGUCCGCACGCAGUGCACGCAGCGUUCCUACCGCCGAUCCCGCCAUCGCCGCCACGGUCCUUCGCGUCGACCAGCUUCCCCGCGGGGGGGUCGAUAAACCUUCCUGCGCCGCCGCUGCCGCCGCUGCCGGGACACUUCCUGACGCAGACGGAUGUCAAAGCGUCGAUUUCGGCGUACGAGAUGCUCGCGGACGCGGCGAAGGCUUACCGGAAGGCACUCGCCGUCCUCGCCCAGUCCGCAUCCGCGUUCGGCGCGGCGCUGGAAAUUUGCGCGAGAUGUAAGGGCGCGGGCGAUAAUGCAGACGGAAUGAUGGGUGCUGGGGGGCUGCAGUACCUCGUCGCCAGCAAUAUGCACAUCCUCUCGGAAAGUGUGUAUCGAGGCUUUGAGGUGCCGCUGCUGCACGAGCUGGAUAGCUACAAGGAGAAGAAUGCCGAGAAUGAGGAUCGGUACAAGAAGGAAGCUGAGGCUAAGAGUCGCGAGCUCAGGAAGAGGGAGCAGCAACAUCUUAAGCUUGCGCGGCAGAAGAAGAGGAGUAUGUGUGCACGGUUUACGCUGUAUCUGUCCGCGUUCCGAAGUGCUCUUGUGGAUCUAACGUAUCAGAUCGACGAGUUGGAGAACCUCAAAUACGGCCACUACCGAACGGCGCUGGACCUCUCCCAGGAGACCUCACUCAAGAUCCUCGACUACUCCGCACUCGUCGUCCGCGCCGAAAUCGAGGUGUUCGAGAAGAUCGCACAGAAGGGCUGGGACUCGUCCGGGGGUCUCGAGGAGUUGAUGACCCGCGCCGCAGACCCCUUCAAUACCGGCUACGGCAACAAUCCGGGCGACAACGGUGAGAUAUUCUCGAUCCUCCCAACGGAGAGUAUCCUGCCUAGCCCACACGGCGCGCUUUCCCGCGCCGGAUCCAUCUCCGGCACCAGUGGGAACACCGCGACCGAGGGGAAGUAUCAGAGCUUGAGUGCGGCGCUGAGCCAGAAUGGGGACUUUGAAGAUUAUGACGAUGAAGAUGCGAAUAGCAUCUUUUCCGGCGGAUUCACCGCUAAUCAUCCAGGGCCGAGCCAUAGUAAGAGCGGCGGUGGUGGCGGCGGCGGCGGCAUCGGUGGCGGUGGAAAGUUGGGACUGCCCGGGUUCUCGCCCACCAGUAGUGCCGGCUGGGGGAAUAUCGACCAGACGUCGUCCAAUAAUUCAGUUGCGGCACCACCAUCUACCGUCGACGAGCGGACGGAACCGAGGGAUGGAGAUGCAUGGCAAGAGUCGUCGGAAAGUGAAGAUGGAGAGAACCGGACACUGAGAAAUCAUUCCACGGAUUGA